AACAAUAAACUUCAUGAUGCUGUGCUGGUAAGAGGAAACGCAGGGCGACCAACCGCUGACAAGAAAUGAGGUUUUUCACCUGCCGCAGAGCCGAGCAGCUCUGAACCAUUCAACGCGUGGAACUAAAAUGGAGUUAACACCUUGUGGCUCUUUUGUUGGACUCAACGCUCAAUCUGACUGAAGCAAACUACCUUCACCUAUGGCUAGUCUGGAAAGAAAUAACAAAAUCCUGCUUGAUAUGGUGCGACAGCCAGGUAACAACACGUGUGCCGACUGUGGAGCUCCUGAUCCUGACUGGGCGUCCUACACUCUUGGUAUCUUUCUGUGCCUGAACUGCUCGGGGAUGCAUCGCAACAUACCUGCUGUCAGCAAAGUCAAAUCAAUACGUCUGGAUCUCUGGGACGAUUCAUUAGUAGAGUUCAUGCGAGAGAGGGGGAAUUCUGCAGCAAAAGCCAUUUAUGAGAAGUGUGUCCCUGCCUUCUUCUACUGCCCACAACAAAAAGACUGCAUUGUUCUUAAGGAUCAGUGGAUCCGCGCAAAGUAUGAAAGAAGAGAAUUCACGGGAGAAAACAACUACUAUCAGCAAAUCUAUUGCUCAGAUGUGUUUGAGUCAACACUAUGGAAAAAGGGCAAAGACAACAAGCAGUUUCUAAAGAGGAUCUUCCAGCUGUCCCGGAAAGACUUCACCCUCAGAUACUUCAUUAAAGAAGAUUCCAAGCUUCCUAAAGCUGUCAUCUCCAUGAAGGACCUGAAUGCAGUUUUCCAGCCAGAAAAGAUCAGUCACGCUCACGGCCUGCAGAUCUCCUACGUGCAUGAAGAACGCACCAGGAAUCUGUUUGUUUAUCACGAGAAAGGACAGGCCAUUGUGUCCUUGUUCAAUGCUAUUCGAGCAACACGCUUGGCUUACCUCCAGAAGAAACAUCCUACUCUUCGAGAUAAUGACUUAAUACCGCAGCUAACAAAACAUUGCCUGAAGGAGGGGUACAUGGAGAAAACUGGCCCAACGCUUCGGGAGCCAUUCAAGAAGCGGUGGUUCACACUGUGUUCGAUGAACAGAAAGCUUCUGUAUUUUAAAAGUCCACUGGAUGCCACAGAGCUGAAGGCCGUCUUCAUCGGUACAGAGAGCCACAGUUACUCUGCUUCAGAGAGCAGCGGUCGGAGCUCGAGGGGAGGCCGCUGGCACUGUGGCAUCACGCUGCACACUCCGGAGAGGCAGUACGUGUUCAUGUGUGAGCAGGAUCAGGAGCAGAAAGAGUGGCUGGAGGCCUUUAGGAAGGUCAUCUCUCAACCCAUGACCCCACAGGACUACUCUAAUGAGGCCACCCUGAGAAGAGGGAAAUGACUGGAGCACUUAUUCCUGCUGGUGUGCAGGAGCUCAGAAUGCAAUGAGCAUUGUAUUGGGACACAAAAAAUUACUUAAUUACUUCCAAAAGGUGCUCCUGAACUUGUUGGUGAGGAUAAAACAAACUGAGACAAACUCUUCCUUUUACUGGCAGAACUGCUUGACACCAAUGACAAAUCUAACACUUUGCACAAACGACAGUGUCUGUGCUUACACCGUCUUUGCCGCGUUGUGACACCUUGGAGAAGUUGCUGUCACAGCUGGGACGUUGCUGCACAUCACAAGCUUUAAUUUUUAAUGCCAUAGUGACACCACAUCAAAUAAUUCUUUUGCAAUACAGAAUAAAUACACUGGAACUGAUAUUGUAUUUAUUAGAAAUAAGGUGAGGGCAGGAGGAUACUGUUUUAUGUAUGAUUUGUAAUAGUUUGUAGUAAUGUUGUAUUUUAUGUUUUACUCACUUUGCACACUUUGAAAAUAUUCACACACUGGUUCAUUUUUGCUGUCUGUGCAGCUCCAUAAAAUUGAAAUGUCUUCUUAACUUUAAUAAAUGAAAUACACAAGUGA